GCGGGGCGGGAUGCCCCUUAUAAGGCUGGCGGCCCUGGGGCCUACGUUUUCCUCUGCGCCCUAGGUACCUCCUGUCCUUACAGCACUGAAUCCGCACUUCGGCCUACGCAGCAACCAUGCCGCCGUACACCAUUGUCUACUUCCCAGUUCGAGGGCGGUGUGAGGCCAUGCGCAUGCUGCUGGCUGACCAGGACCAGAGCUGGAAGGAAGAGGUGGUUACCAAAGAUACCUGGAUGCAAGGCGUGCUCAAGCCCACUUGUCUGUAUGGGCAGCUCCCCAAGUUCCAGGAUGGAGACCUCACCCUUUACCAAUCUAAUGCCAUCUUGAGGCACCUUGGCCGCUCUUUAGGGCUUUAUGGGAAAGACCAGAAGGAGGCCGCCCAGGUGGAUAUGGUGAAUGAUGGGGUGGAGGACCUUCGCUGCAAAUAUAUCACCCUCAUCUACACCAACUAUGAGAAUGGUAAGGAUGACUAUGUGAAGGCCCUGCCUGGGCAUCUGAAGCCUUUUGAGACCCUGCUGUCCCAGAACCAGGGAGGCAAAGCAUUCAUCGUGGGUGACCAGAUCUCCUUUGCCGAUUACAACUUGCUGGACCUGCUGCUGAUCCACCGCAUCCUGGCCCCCGACUGCCUGGACAGCUUCCCCCUGCUCUCUGCCUAUGUGGCUCGCCUCAGUGCCCGGCCCAAGAUCAAGGCCUUUCUGUCGUCCCCCGACCAUGUGAACCGUCCCAUCAAUGGCAAUGGGAAACAGUAGUGGCCGGAAAGAUGAGAGCUUCUUGUCCCCCUUAACCAGCACAAUAAAGUUUGUAAGACAGA